AUGAAGGAUAAUGAAUCAAAUUUAAUCGGUGACUUUAGUCAAUCAUUUAUAUUGCCUUUGUUAUCGCUUGGUCGUCAUGCAGAUCUCCGUAGUAUAUCUCAUGAUGUAUUAGCUAAUUUAUUGGAUGGCACAUUCAAUGAUUGUGUCGAUUCUUAUCUGAUAAUAGAUUGCAGAUAUCCCUAUGAAUAUGAAGGUGGUCAUAUAAGAGGAGCAAUCAACGUAUUUACUAAUGAGCAACUAAUUAAAGAUUAUACUGAAGACAAGUUGUGUAAAAAAUCUCAUAAAAAUGACAAAAUUAAUGUGAAGAGAAAUAUUUUGAUAUUUCACUGUGAAUUUUCAUCGAAAAGAGGCCCAAGUCUGUUACGAUACCUGCGUACCGCAGAUAGGGAAAAUAAUAGUAUGUGCUAUCCUUACUUGGACUAUCCAGAAAUUUAUUUGCUUGAUGGUGGAUACUGUAAAUUUUACAGUGAACACAGUUGCCUAUGUGUGCCGUCUAGUUAUCGGUCAAUGUAUGAUCCUGCCUACACCUCAGAACUAAGAAAGUUUGGUUUGAAAUCAAAAAAAAAAGCUUGCCACAAUUAUGAAACUUCACUAUUAGCUGGCAAAAAAACUCUCAAACGAUUGAGUUUUAAUUAA